AUGUGCGACUUCACCAAGAACUACUACGUCUACACUACCUGCGUCGACCCGGGGGCCCACUUCUUCCGCACCUCCGUCGACGGCAGCCGCAAGAGCGCCUGUCCCAAGAGCCCGCAUGAGCGCUACAUCAUGCUGCCGGGACAGUGCCCACUCUGCCAGGGCGGCUGA